UAAUAUACUCUUGAAAUUUACCACACAAGCUUGGGUUUGUCCUCACGCUGGUUAUUAUUGGAAAACAGAUGGCAGCGGUGCAGUGUAGUGAAAAAAGGAAAAGAAGGAAAAUUGUUCAGAGAUAAUCAGCGAUAAUUACGAAACUUCGUUACGAGUACAUUCGCUCGGUUUUAUUUCAAGAAGCCAUUAUUUUCGAUGUCUGUCGAGAGGACUGAAGCAGAAUCGAACAAUCGGCCCAUUAUCGGUAUUCUGACGCAGGAGAUACAUUAUAAAUUAAAUGAGAAGUUUCCCAAUCAGUAUCACAGCUACAUCGCCGCGUCGUACGUGAAGUUCGUGGAGGGUGCCGGCGCUCGACCCGUCCCGAUUUGGAUUGGCAGAAACGAUUCGUACUAUGAAGAUAUCCUGAGCAAAGUCAACGGAGUUCUCUGGCCGGGAGGUUCGACGUAUUUCUUUCAGAAGGAAGGAUAUGCCGAUGCGGGCGUUGUGAUUUACAGAAUCGCGAAGGAGAUCAACGCGAGAGGCGAGUACUUCCCGAUAUUUGGUAUCUGCCUCGGCUUCGAGCUCUUGACGUAUGCCGCGGCGAAUCGCGUCGAGCACAGAUCGAAUUGUUCCAGUAAAAAUCAGCCCCUUCCGCUAGAAUUCACAGAUGACUUUAGAGAAAGCAAUUUGUUUAAGAACGCUCCGCCGGAUGUCUUGGGGAUCUUGGCCGAGGAGUACGUCACGGCGAAUUAUCAUCGUUAUUGCGUUACGAGGAAGGAUUUACACCGUGUCAAUUUAACCGACGAAUUUCACGUGUUGUCGCUGAAUCGCGAUAGAGAGGGUUUGGAAUUCAUCUCCACGCUGGAGCACAGGCAAUUCCCGUUUUAUGGAUUGCAAUUCCAUCCGGAGAAGAACCUUUACGAAUGGGUGACCGGGAAGAAUAUUCCUCACGGGACCAGUGCUACCGUAGCAUCUCAAUACUUCGCCAAUUUCUUCGUUAACGAGACUCGUAAGAAUUCGCACGAAUUUAGGACAAAAGAGGAGGAGGAACGGAGUCUGAUCUACAACUACCCCGUUACUUACACAGCGCUGUGGAAUUCGUCUUUCCAGCAGUGUUACAUGUUUAAGAAAAGCGAUCGCAAUAGCCUCCUUAUAGAGAAUGAUGUGUAGGACUUGACGUAGGUUUUUUUCUUAAAGUAGGUAACAACACACACACGUCGCACCUUUUUCUAUAUGACAAGUAUCAUAUCUUUUCUACCGCGUCUUGUACAAAAACGACGUGAACGAACUUGACGAACUUUUACUCGCAUCGACGCAUGACAGACGAAAAAAACCACAGUUUGUUAAUUUGAUGGAAUAUCGAGUGUCGUUAGUACGAUGAGACAGCACUGGGGAAACACACAAACAAAAGAAGAUUGGUACGCGUAAUUUCCACAUUUAACAUAACACCAGUGUAUAUUGUGUCACAACUGGGAUACAUAAUAUUACAAUGGUGCAUAAUAAAAUUCUAUACAUAUUUUUGUUCUAUCUAAAGUAAAUAAUA